CUAAUCUCCACUUUUUCCUGCUGAGCUUCCCACCAUCACGGUCAUGCCGGGAGCAAAAAUGACCAACGAUGGAAGAAGGCAUAACCCAUGAAUAGUUUGCCAAAGCACAUGUCAAACUAGAAUCUAGAUAGACAAGGAGAAAGGGUAGUGAAGGAAGAGAUGGUCGAUGGAUUCUGCAUCACUAAGACAUAAAAUAGGCAAAACAUCGGGGAUGAUGAGGCCCCUUUUUUGGAGAUUGUCUACCGUUAAGAUGCGGUUUCUUCCAGCCAACCAAGCAAAGGCAAUGGCCUUCGCAGGGGCUCCAUAGCACCAGAUUAGGCCCAUGGGAUAGCUACUGUUAUUGGGAGAUUCUGACCGAACAAGAUGAAGGUAGAAGGAACAGACAGGGAAUGCACCCAAACUUCCAACCUCCAAAGUAGCUCACCACUAUCACCUGAAUUAGGCAUGAACCCUUACAAUAGGGACAUAAGGCUAACCAAUUAAUCCAGGGACAUUUUCACAUUGGGCUCGAGUGGGGUGGCCUGUGGGAUGUAAGGGCACACUCGGGGUGGGCGGCCCGUGUGAGGCGUGUGGCUCGUGUGAAGUGGAAGUGGAACCCAUGUGAAAUGGGGCUCACGAGGGGGGUUCGGCCGUGGUCCUAACCCAUGGGAUGUGGGGCUUGGGCUAUGAGAUAAAUGGAUUAAUUCGCCAUGCUCUAGCAGUUCGAUCUUUUAGAGCAAUUGGUUAAUUGUCCUGCAUCACCAAACCACCUAUUUCAAGGUCAAUCAGGUUACGCCUAAAAGGAGGAAGCCAUACCCCUCCCUCUACAGAACUAGAGAACAGUCAGCCAUCGAUAUAUCCACCACAGAGCAAAGGGAAACCAAGGAAGGAAAAGAGUCCCUUAGGGAGGAAUUGCCACACUAGGUAUCAUCUCAAAAUCUCACUCUAGAUUCAUCUCCAAUAAAAAACCCACAAUUGGGAAAACUUUAAAAGCAACUCGGGCAAUGGCUUUCCAAAGGAAAGAGGAACGAUAAAGGGAGGAAGAUUUCAUCCACCAGCUCAUCGAGGUCAAUCCAUUCUUAGCGGCAAGGAUUGACCUCCAUAAGUUGGAUCCCUCCACAACAAAACACCAAGCCUAGUUGCCCAACAAGGCCUCAUUAACAAGGUCGAGGCACUUAAUCUCAACACCCCCUUCCGAGACGGGAGCAAACCUCUUUCCAAUUAAGUAAAGGAAUUUUCCUAGAAGAGGAGCUCCCUACUUGAGGAAAUCUCUCCUCAUCUAUACGAAGAAUGACCGAUUUGGGGUAAUGGAAGAGAGAUAUAAAGUAGAGGCAUGUUUGACAAGGAAGCCAUAAUAAGGGUUAUCCGAAUGAAGUUUACUCUUCCAAGGGGAGAGCUUACACUCAAUUCUCUUGAUGACUCUGUCCCACAUGUAUAGGGCAUUUUUUCCUUUACAUUUAAGGAAGGCCUAGAUUGGAGGUGGGGGAGAGAUCCAACCCGACAUCUGAAGGAUUCGACCAAGCGAGAGGUCUCUUCCUUAUGCAGAUGAAUACUGAAAAGUUUAGUUUUAGAUUUAUCUUUUGACCAGAAACAACUUCAAACCAACAAACAACUAUAUAAUAAAAAUCCACACAUAGUCAUUGGCCUCACAAAACAAUAGUGUCGUCAACAAGUUGCAAGUGAUUAAUACGACGGGGAAAGUUAUCCGCUAGAAAACCUGGAAAUAGGCUACCUCCUGCCCUCUGGAAAGCGUCCUACUAACUGCUUCCAUCGCAAGGAUAAAGAGAAGGGGAUAAGGGAUCCCCCCAUGAGUGACCUUAAAAAAGCCAAAUGGCGAAUCAUUAAUUGGUACAAAAAACUUGACUCAAGGAUACACGAGCGUAUCUAGGUUCUCCACUUGACCCCAAAACCCGUCGUCAUAAGCAUAUAAUCUAAAAAAGAACAAUAAGCAAUGAUCGUAGGCAUUUUCAAGGUCAAGCUUGCAGAGGACUCCUGAUCUCCCGACUUAUGACAAGACCUGUGGCAUUCAUGCGCACAUAGCACGUUAUCCAAGAUUUGUCUCUAAAAAUGAAGGCAUUUUGAAGAGGGGUAAUGAUUUUGGGACCAACCUGAUUCUUUGAUUGACAAUUGUAGCGACAAAUUUUUAAGGACUACUAACGAGACUAAUUGACUAACUUAGGGAUGGGGGCAAUAAAUGUUCAAGGUAUGACCCAUUUUAGAAGGUAACCUCUCAGAUUGUAAAAAAAAAAAUCUUCUACAGAGGCCAACAAAUUUGUUUUAACCACAUCCCAAAAGGAUUGAAAAAAGGCCAUGGGGAAGCCGUUUGGGCCAGGGGAUUUGUCCUUACCCAAAUCUGAGAUGUUUGCCUUGAUCUCAUCUAAUAGGAUAUGAUUUUUGAGAGAAUUAGCAUCCUUCUAGGAGAUAUAGUCGAAAUGAAGAUCAUCUCUUCUAGGAUGCUCCAUGCCCUUAUUCGAAUGGAGGAGAGAUUAGAAUUGAACGGUGGACUCACGUAUAUGAUCUUUAUCAAAGACCAUCUCACCAUCAUUAGAAAGGGAAGAAAUGGAGUUAGAGCAUGCUCGGGCACUGGUUAUACGAUAAAAGUAUCUAGUGUUGCAGUCACCUUGUUUUAACUAGACAGCCUAAGAUUGUUGUCUCCAUUAUAUCUCCUUUUCUUUGAGGCAAGAGCAAUAAUCUGGGGGUAACUUAUCUAUUUGAGCUUUUUUCCAUCCAAUAGAAGUCCGCCCUCUUCCUUCAAGUCUAGCGAUUGGAUCUCACUCGGCAAAGCAACCAUAGCUAGAUCCCUUUGACCAAAAUCUCCUGAUGACAUGGUCUGAGCUUGGACUUCAACAUCUGCAUCUUUUAAAAAAGAAUGAAACCUGAUCUACCCUCAAUCGCAAAAGAGGGCCAUCAAACAGAGACCAAAUUAUGAAAACCCUCCAUUUCGAGCUAGGUGAGCUUGAAUUUGAAGGCUUUAUGGCACCAAUUAAUCUUGUCCACUACCAAAAGGAUGGGGAAAUGGUUUGAUACAGGUCCGGGUAGACCUCUUUGAUGAGCAAGGGGAAAAUGAAGGAUCCAACUGGGGGAGAUGAGAAAUCUAUCCAAGAGAGACAUUUUCGGGGGACAUCGACCAUUCGAUCAAGUAUAUUUGACAGCCUCCAUGGGAAGAUCCACUAAGUAAUGUCUCCUUACCUAGUUAGAGAAGGAGCUCAUGCUAGAGGUGAUGCGAUCCCCCUGACGGUUUCUUGUACGCAAACCGAACAACUUUAAAAUCUCCACCCACAAACCAAGGGGGGGCCAUCUGUCCCAAACAGAAGAUAACCCCUCCUAGAAAGCAUUCCUAAGAGAAGGACAGUUCGGGUUGUACACUUUGAACAACCAUUUAAAACUAAAAGAAAUCUCCUAAAAAACAAUGUUCACAGAGUAUAGAUCCACCUACCUUACCUCUUUGUGCCAAAGUACGGAGUCUUAAAGGACCAAGAUUCCUCCAGCAGAGCCAAUAGAGUUGAGGGCCACACACCCCUUACCUUUAUGGAUCCAAAUAGAUCUGACCAGACUCUCGUUAGUAGCUUGAAGCUUAGACUCUUGGAUAACAAUCAAACCUGUUUUUGAACAGGGAGCACAUUUCUUUAACUUAGGCAUGCUGAUGGGGGCAGCCCAAGCCCCUGGCGUUCCAAGAAAGGAUCUUCAUAGGGAACUAAUCUUACCCCUGUACCCUUCUUCUCAUUACGAGGGAUGGCCUCCAUCUGAGCAUUUGAGAGGAGCCUAAGGCUUUUUGACUCUUUGUAGCCUGUCCUAGAUCUGGGAGACAUACAAGGGGAAAAAGAUGUAGGGACCCAAAUACCCCUUUUAGCAAGUGACUAAAAGAUGGCAAUAUAGUCGUCUCGAUUACCAAACACCAUGCCCACUAACUUACCCACAUGACAGACAACUUCAACCCACUACCUCUUUUUUAUCAUCGAUACUAAACCUUCUAAACAAAACUCGCGGGAGGCCAGAGGGAGAGCACGAACCAAUAGGUCCCCAAGAGGACUUGAUCCAAAAGAGGCUCUAAUCGGGGGAACAUUGAGGGCAUUUUCCAUAAGAUAUUGAUCAAGACAGUCAGAAGAUACAGGUGAUGUAGGAUGGAAUGAUCUAACUUAACAUAAUGUCAUGAAAUUAAAAGACAGAUUAACUAGAGCAAUGGAAUGAUAUAAUAAAGCUAAUUCACCCUAAAUUCAGAAAUGUCAGAUUCAUGACAUGUCCAAAUCCAAGCUACGACAGUCCUGCAACGCAAAUCUCAUAAAUUACUGAUUAACUGAGAUCUAUGGGAGAUAGAACCCCCAUCCUAGCAUAGGAUUAAAUCUAAAUUCAAUGGAAAUUAUGUGUGUUGUAAGAGUUUUGACGUGCUAGGGUUGUUUAAAGACUAGGGAAAGUAGGAAAUGGUUUUGGGGUAUCUAGGCUUAGAGUAAGGUUUGGAACAUUAGGGUUAAGGUUUUGGGAGGUUUCGGGUUAGGAUUUCAAAUUUUGGGUUUAAGGGAUUUAUGAUUUAGGAUUUCUAGAAAUGAGAAUAUGGGUUUUAGGCUAUGGGAAUUAGGGAUUUAUGAUUUGGUCAAGGGAUUUUAAGAUUUUUGGGAUCUGGGUUUGGAAAAAUUGGAGAUUUUAGAAUUUGGGAAUUUUAGGGUUAGGGUUUGGUGAAAUUAUUUUAGGGGUUUUGAAGAGGAAAGCUAAGGGAAGGGAAGAGCAAUCGUGAUAAAACAAGGGGGCCACUGUACAAGGUUGUCCGUACAUGCGUUAGUACGGAUAGCAAAGGAUGGUCGGUUGUGGUCGGUUUGGGCUUAAGAUUGGUCAAUUUAGGUUUUGGAUGGUAACAAAGGAAAAAAGAAAGAAAGAAAUGAAAAGUGAAGAAAAGAAGAAGACGAGAAAAGAUGAUACCUUGCUGAGAAGAGAGAAAAGUAGAAAAGAUAACUAGGGAAUCACUCCCCGUGGUUUCGCACCACCAAUUCAAUCACAUGAUGAAAUUUUGCUCAAUCUUAAAGCAAAAGGAGAGAAUCUCUUUCAUUCAUAACAUGCAUAUCAUCUAGGGUUGGGAUGUCCAACCUUUUAUAGUCUUAGAAAAGACCUUUUACAAAGAGGCGCUCUCAAAUAGGAUUCUCAGCGGUUCAGUCUUUUCCCUUGUAAGUUUCUGUUUUGUUUAAUUUUAUUCAGUUAAAAAAGAAAAAAAGGGAUAAUAUUCUCAACAUAAAGACGCUUAAUGAAUUAAAAGUUGUUCCUAACUCGCUAAUCUCAAUACAAAUAUGAGUUGUACCAAAAAUAACGAAAUAUGUAAACAAAAAAAACAACUAAACUAUUUCAUAGCCCAUCGUGGUCCACGAUCAUGAUGUCCAAUGAUGAUGAUCCAACGGUUCGAUUAUCGUGUCCACUCAUUUCAACAGUUCGAUGUGUCCAUCAAGCUCUUAUAUGCAGCCCAUGUACAUCUUCCCAGUGUGGGGGUCUUAAAAAAUGAACGAACAUGCACGUGGAGUCUUCAACGUGGCUAGAAAUGUGAAUUGGGCCAAGUGGGCCCCAUGUAAUGGACCUCUAGUCAUAAGGAGACUGGCUCGGACCUCCUCCUUUGGUAUGUUGCUUGGAUGUCCUCAUCAACAGGACACGACUGAGACCCAACGAGCUAAUCCCAGUCGACUCCAAGCUACUACCAAACUCAACAGAACCACUAGAGGCUAAAUGGGUUUUGAUGAAUGGGAAGAUGGAGGGUUAUGGAAAGGCUUUGGAGAGGAGAGAGGGGAAGAGGGAAGGAUAGGAUUAGAGAGGAGGGGGGAAGCUCAUUCGAAGGGGGAGAGCUCAAGCUCCUAGUUGAAAGACCCAACAGGCGAGGACUCAUUAAGAAGGGAGGAAGGAUUUAACACGUUGUCCUCAUCAGAAAAUUUUUCAAGAGAGUCGAUCAAAGAGUCAAAGGUACAUGUGUCAGAUCCAAAGGUUAACCCCGAAUUUGCAUCGUCCACAUCCCAAGGGCAAAUAAAUGAUACACCAUCCUCUACUGCCCUCGAGACCUCCACAUCUAGAGUUGCGGCGAUAGCUGGCAAAAUACCUCAGGCCUCCUCAAAGAGAGAAAGACAUCUGUCCUACGCAUUAAAUGGGAGACGGCUUGACGGAGGUAUGGUUCAAUGGACUAAUGACGACAGGCACCUCAGGACAAAACUCAUUUGGCAGAGGGCAGCUAAGCUCGAGGAAUAUAAAUUAACUUUCAUAUCUUAUGAAAUAAAUACAUAAGCAAAUGAAAGAUUAAUGACAACAAUAUCUAUGCUAAUAUUAUGGAUUACUGUCAAUAGUUAUGUACGGUGGGUGUGAGAGAAUGGCUUGCACUAGCAAUUUAUCAGACCAUUGCUCCAUAUUGGGGGAGGAUGUUCUUGCCUUGAUCUGCUAGGAUCAAAACUACACCUAUAUUAAUGGGACCUUGAGGCGUUUUAAGGCAGUUUGGGGUCUUAAUUUGUGUUGCUGGUAUUGUGGGAAAAUAUAUUUAAUUGUGUGUGUAUGUUGUCCAUGUAGUCCUGUGUAGCACUAUAUGUUUGUCUCAUGCUAAUAUAUCUAUGUGGUUUGGUCUAAUGCUUAACUUCUUGCCCCAAACUGUCUUCCUCAUUUCCUCAUUCUUCUCCCUUCAGCUUUUCUCUCCUCUCUCUUCCCUCUCCUUUCUCUUUCUUUCUCUUCUUCCUACUGUUAUAGGGCUUGAGGAAAGCCUUAUAAAUAUUCUUAGGGCUUGAGGAAAGCAUUAUAAAUUUUCUUAGGUCUUGAGAAAAGCAUUAUAAAUAUUCUGGCCUUGCCUUUUGGUGUAAAUAACUAAAUAUUCUUCAUUACCUAUUACGUUGUUCAGCCUUCUGGUUGGGGCUGAUCCUUGGUCCUUGUCCAUUUGGGACCCUAUUAUCACGAAGGUAGAAAAGCUCCUUUAUACUUCUAAAAGAAUUUAUCUUUCAUUCAGAGUCGCAUAGCCUUGAUUAAAUCAGCUGUUGCUAACCUACUGUGUUAUUAGAUGUCACUUUUCGAGCUUCAUGGAAAGUUUCAAAAAGAUUGGAGAAAGUCCAAAGAGAGGGUCAAUACCUUGUUGUUGAAGAAAAAUGGACAAAAGCAUAGCUUGUGGCUUCACACUACCUUGGAAUCACACCAAGAGAUGUCUAAUCACAAGCCAAACAAGCCUUAAAAGAGUAGGUUUGGAUUGGAAGGGGCAUUUGUGACGGUGACGACGGUGAAAGACGGUGACGACGGUGGUGUUCGAUGAGCCGAAACGUGCAUGAACGACGCUGAUAACAACGGUAUCGUGAGAAACAUUUGCGUAUAGUGGUCUCCUCUUCUGAGGCCCCCGUCAAUGGAGGACGCGGAUAACCUAGAGAAGGGCUCGGAUGUCGACAUGCGGUCUGAUUCCCAGAUCGUCCAGGAGGAUGGGGAUGAUAGCAAUUCUUGGAGAAAGGUCUCUUGUAACCAUAGAGACUUAACACCCUGGCCCGCAGCGCAGGCCAAACACUUCGAAUCUCCCUACCUUAUAUGUAAAAGGUUUCCCGACAGGGUGGAUGCCAAUAAACUUGCAAGGAUUUUCGGUAGAGUAGGAGCUGUAAUGGAUGUGGUGCUCUCCAGAAACAGAGGGGAUGGAUCAUAUAGAGGUUUCGCCUUAGUGCAUUUGAGCUCGGAAGAGGAACUGAGUAGGGCUGUGCAGAUGCUCCACGGGGAAGGCUUCAGAGGGCAGAAAUUGUUGGUCCAACGGGCCAUGUAUGGACUUGAGCUUAACAGACAAAGCAAAGGCGGGAGAUCUCACAAUUGCAGGAAAGAUAAACCCUCCCAGCCUUUGUCUUCAUCCCUAGGUCGGAAGGAAAAAUCUACCACGUCCUCCUCAGCCGGUGCAUCCUUUAAGGAGGCCCUCCUAAAGCAUCUUCUAGGGAAUCAUCAGGAGGCCUCAGCUGGUGCGGAGGUUGCAGCCGGAAGGGGAACCAUUGCAGAUAAGGAGCCUGUAUUGAAUGACCCCUGGAUAGUUAUCAACGCUGAGAAGCUGGCCACAUACGGUAACUUUCUCAGGAGGUCGGUGGUGGCAAUAACGAAAUCCGGCGCUACCAUUGAAGCUGUUAAGACGUGGCUGGAUGAAUGCUGCCGGUAUCCACCAGAGUUAUAUGAUAUCAAACCCAUUAGGUUUAAUGAGCUGUGGAUUGACGUUAAACCUGAUGUUAACCCGGACAUGCUGAUCGUAGUGAGUGCUAUUCAUAAAAAUGGUAUGGUAGCUAAGAUGAUGAAGUGGGAUGAAUUCUCAUGCUUCGGGAUGGAGGAGAUUUGGGUGUUGAUUUGGUUGAUUCCUCUUGAGCUCUGGUACGCAGACUUCUUUAACAUGGUUGCAUCUCGAGUCGGUAAUCUGGUUGAAAUCGAUUUGAAAACUCUAAGAGGAGAAGAAAUGGGGGUCGUUCGGGCCAGAGUUAGAAGGAAGAAGGGGGAUCCUCUCCCACCUCACAUUCAAGUUAGGGCUGACGGUAGAGAUCUCUUCCUGUCCAAAGAGAAGAUCCGAUCGUCCUCACCCCACACUGGGGCGACAUUUGGUGAGCCAGACAUCACGUGCCGGUGACCGCUGGGACGGGAAAGAACCCCUUUUCCAAGACGCCAGUUGUAAGUGAAGGUGCAGUCCCUCCGGUGCCACGUAGAGCACCCGUCGCUGCAGAAGGAGCACCUCCUUCGGUGUCGCGAGGAGUACCAAACCCGGAAGUUGUGACGUGUCCAAGGCUAACCGGCUUGGGCAGAGUUUUCGUAAGGCACAGGAAGGCGUGCGCAGCACGUCCUCGAGGAGCGGAAAGUGAGGACACGUGCCUCGAUCCAACUGAUGGCCCCGCCAUGCGGACGACCCCAGAUCAACACUCGUGCGGCCGAAGCCGCUCCACACAUCAGGUGGUCAUUAAUGCGAACCCUCUUCUCCCUGCAGACGGCUCCACGUUGGCGGCAACAAAGCAUGACGCGUGCCUUACACGUCAUAUCUGGUCCCUCGAGCGAGACGCAUGCUGUUAUCUCCUCCCUUUCGAGACAGAUGGCGGACCCAGGCGCUCUUUUGAUCUCAAUUGCAAAGCCUCGCUCCCAGCCUUAGCUUCGGAGGUAAAUAUCUGCCCAAACGUAGUAUCUUCGGACGAUCCCAGCUCCACGUGGCCUCAUCCUGGUCUCCUGCUACCUGCGCACCCUCCAUGUGUUGCUGGAUGUUUCCAGCUUAGGUCCUCGAUCGCAAGAAGUCGUGCGUUGAGAUCCAAGACCCUGGUCCUUCCUCUGCUCCAACACUUCUCUUCUCAGCAGGAUAUUCCUACGUCAUUCAGCGGGGAGUCUCUCCCUGGCUUCGAUGAUGAUCACACACCCUGGAGCUCAGAACAGGAGUACCCCUCGUCAGCUCCCUCCCCUAGAUCUAUGGUAGACUCCGAUCAUCUCCCAGGGCAAGCCUUGGUGGAGACGUUCCGGGAAGAUAACAGCAAGGCUGUGCUGGAGGUUGAGCCCC